UCAAUGGAAGCCCUAAAAACCCCAUUUUUGCCUCCCUUCCCGCCACCCCCAAACCCUAGUUCAAAAUCAUCCAAACCCCCCCAAAGUUUCGUAUUCUUUGCCUCAACGGAUCCCUGGACCCUCUCUGAUGGUAACUCCCGUAAACCCCGUCCAAAACCCUACAAGAAGAACCCCAAGAAGCCCCUUUCCGACGACGAUGCUCGCCGUAUCAUCAAUGCCAAAGCGCAGUACCUCAGCCGCCUCCGCCGUAACCAGGGCAGCCUCGCCCAAACCCCCCGCUGGAUCCGCCGUACCCCCGAGCAGAUGGCACAGCUCUUGAAUGAUGAUCUUGGCGGGCAUCUCUACGGAGGGCAUGUUGUUGCGGCGAUCAAGACUGUUCGGGGCCUCGCUGUGCGCCGUGAAGGGUCGUAUGAUAUGCGGGAAGUAAUGUCGUCGUUUGUGGCGAAGCUGAGCUUUAGGGAGAUGUGCACGGUCUUGAAGGAGCAGCGUGGGUGGCGGCAGGCCCGGGAUUUCUUCGCCUGGAUGAAGCUCCAGCUAUGUUAUCAACCUAGUGUUGUUGUCUACACUAUUCUUCUUAGAAUUUAUGGGCAAGUUGGGAAGAUUCAGCUUGCUGAGCAGAUUUUUUUGGAGAUGCUCGAAGCUGGUUGUGAACCAGAUGAAGUUGCUUGUGGUACCAUGCUGUGUGCAUAUGCUAAAUGGGGACGGCAUAAGGACAUGCUGUUGUUUUACUCUGCUGUGCGGAGGCGAGAUAUUGCACCCCCUGUUGCGGUGUAUAAUUUUAUGCUUUCUUCUUUGCAAAAGCAAAAACUGCAUGAGAAGGUGAUCAAAGUAUGGGAGCAAAUGUUGGAAGUAGGGGUAAAACCAAAUGGUUUCACUUUUACAGUUGCAAUCGGUUCAUAUGUCAAAGAGGAGCUUAUUAAUGAUGCUUUAGAUGCAUUUGCUAAAAUGAGAAAAUCUGGGUUUAUUCCCGAGGAGGUUACUUACAACCUUUUGAUCAAUUUGACUGCCAAACAUGGGAAAGGGGAUGAGGCAUUAAGACUUUAUGAAGAGAUGAAACUCCAAGGCAUUGUUCCAAGUAAUUAUACCUUUGCUUCAAUUCUAGCACUGCACUGCAAGAAUAAUGAUUACUCCAAAGCUUUCUCACUCUUUAAGGAUAUGGAUAGGAAUAGCAUUGUACCAGAUGAAGUUAUAUAUGGCAUGCUUGUGAAAAUAUAUGGUAAACUUGGUUUGUAUGAGGAUGCACAGAAGACAUUCAGGGAUAUUGAGAAAUUAGGUCUUCUCAGUGAUGAGAAAACAUAUUUGGCAAUGGCUCAGGUGCAUUUGAAUGCCGGUAAUUACGAUAAAGCUUUGGAUAUUUUUGAUAGUAUGAAGUCCAGAGGUUUGGAGUUCUCAGAAUUUGCGUAUCGUACUUUGCUUAGGUGUUUUAUUGCUCAAGGAGAUCUAGGUUCCUCUGAAAUUACAUUUCAAGCUCUCAACAGGUUUGGCCCUCCUGAUGCAAUCUGCUGUAACAGUUUGCUUACUUUGUAUAACAAGUCUGGUUCUGUUGAGAAGGCCAAGUCUUUGAUUUCUCAAAUAAGAAAAGAUAAAGUACAGUUUGAUGAGGGGCUGUAUAAAACUGUUAUAGAAACAUUUGCCCGACAAGGGAUGGUAAACGAAAUGGAGGAAAUGAUUGAAGAGAUGGAAAAUGUUGGUUGGACUUUGGAUAAGACCACCAUGACAUCUUUAGUGGUCAUGUAUGGGGAGGCAGGGGCCCUUAAGAAAGCUGAGAAUUUGUUGAAUAAUUUAGAGAAACCUGAUGCUAAUUCAUUUGGUGUAAUGCUUUGCUUGUAUUUGGAGAGUGGUAACACAUGUAAAUCCAAAGAAAUACUGAAUUCUUUGUUUGAAUCAACCACUGGUCUGUCUGUAGCCAGUCGAUUAAUCAGCAAAUUUGUUAGGGAAGGAGAUCUUGUUAAAGCGGAAUUUAUAUAUGAUUAUUCACAGAAACAGGGUUUGAGACUUGAGGAUGCAGCACUUGCUUCUAUCAUUACUUGUUAUGGAAGGAACGGGCAACUACAAAAGGCUGAAGCAGCAUUUGCUUCUGCAUUAGUUUCUUCAAGAAUUGGAACUAACAUUUUUAGCUCAAUGAUUGAUGCCUGUUGUAAAUGUGGCAAAGUUGAUGAAGCCAAUAACAUCUUCAGAGCAAUGAUUGAGCAAGGGCAUUCUGAUGAUGUGGUUGCCAUCAGCAUUCUUGUUAAUGCUCUUACAAAGCAUGGUAAUUAUCAGGAGGCAGAAAGCAUUAUUUGGGAUAGCUUCAAUCAAGGGACAGAACUUGAUACAGUUGCAUAUAACACAUUCAUCAAGUCCAUGCUGGAUGCAGGUAAAUUGCAGUUAUCUAUUGAAAUAUACAAUCGCAUGAUGUCAGCAGGCAUUCAACCCUCUAUUCAAACGUACAACACCAUGAUUAGUGUGCAUGGCCAAGGAGGAAAGUUAGACAAGGCCGUCGAAAUGUUUACUGAGGCACAAAAUUCUGGUAUUCCUGUAUAUGAGAAAACAUUUACAAACAUGAUUGGUUACUAUGGCAAGGCUGGUAAAACCCAAGAGGCAUCUCUAUUGUUUAAGGAAAUGGUGGGGAAUGGAAUAAGGCCUGGAAAGAUCACCUACGACACCAUGAUCAAUGCUUAUGCUGCUUCUGGACUUCACCACGAAGCUGAGAAUAUUUUUCAAGACAUGCAGAAGAAUAGCCAUUAUCCUGAUACCCUUACAUAUCUUGCACUAGUUAGAGCCUACACAGAAGCCCAGGAGCAUUCCAAAGCUGAGGAAGUUGUUCAUAGGAUGCAGAAUGAAAGAAUCCUCCCUACCUGCGCUCAUUUUAACCAAAUCAUAAGGGCAUUUGCAAGGGAAGGAUCUAUUGCUGAUGCCAAGAGAGUCUACACUCAAAUGAGGCAUGAAGGGUUGGAGCCUGAUUUAGCUUGUUGCCGAAUGAUGAUGAGGAUAUAUUUGGACUAUGGGCUUGUGAAAGAAGGUUUAUCUUUCUUUGAAUCAGUUGAGGGUUUUGUAAAACCUGAUGGGUUUGUCUUGAGUGCUGCUGUUCAUCUGUAUGAGUUUAUGGGCAAACAAUCUGAAGCUGGAUAUAUUCUGGAUAAAAUAGGUUCACACAGGUUUGUGUUCCUCCAAAAUUUGAGAGUUGGAUCUAAGUCGAUCAAUAGCUUCGAAAGAAUAUGACUGAUAACGAAAGGGAAACCAAGUAUUUGACUCACAGGAUCUUUUGCUGUUUUAGUUAAAAGGAUGGAUGGCUGCAUAACAUUGCAGUAAUAAAAAACUCUGCCAGCUGAUCAAUUGGAUUGCUCAUUGACCAUCGUUAAUUGGUUGAUCCAGAUUUCUGACAGUCAUGAAUUUCAAUGCCUGGAAGACCUGACAAAUUGGCUGCUCAAUUGAGCUGGAGGAGUACAAAUUUUUUGGGUUAUGCACUACGGAAUCAAGUUCAAGUUUAGUUCUCCAUCUUAUAUAAUAACUCGAGUCCUGUCAUCAUGCUGCCGAUCUAGAUUUCACUGGUAAUUGGUCUUGACAAAUGGGAACUCUGGUGCCUGCUUAUCUGAGUACAAUUCCAAUGCUAUAUAAGCAAAGGAUGAUACAUCAUAUCAAAGCAGAUUUGAGAGGUGAUCACUGUAAUAAGAGAUUGGUAUUUCCGUGCAGGUUUUUAAUGUUUUACAAAGGAUAAAUGAUCAAUUAUUCCACAACAUCAUGUCACAUAAACAUAUGCUGCUAUGCUUCUUACCCAACUACAGUUUGAGUAUUGUAUCCUGACCACCAUAGGCGUUGCGCAUAUAGGAGAUGAAGAGCUAAUCGACGUAUUCAGUGCUUGCUUUUAUUUUGAGUAUAUGACUCUACAAAUGAAAUAUUUCACAACUUUUGACUAAGCAGGAGAUUGUGUGCAUAACACAGAUAACAGAUGACAUUUAGAGGGGUGCAUUUACUAACUAAUAUUGUACCAAAUGAUGCACUAACCCGUUACUGGCCUUUCUGCCAUUAAAUGGUUUAUGUGGAGUUUUAAACCGGGUGUGGUCUAAACCGAUAACAGUUAAUUAUAA